ACAUUGUGGAAGGGGGCGGGAGUCCCUAUACUCUCGCUGGUCACUUUUGACCCGUACUGUUUACGACCACAUAGUGGAGCACGAGGCAUCUGUAUCCCCGGAGACGGAAGAUGGCUACUGCUCGGGGUAAUCCAGCCCCUGACCCCAACAGCACACCUGUGGUUGUAGGAGGACUUGCAAUUUAACAGGGGAAUUGCGAGCGCGGCCGUAAGCUGCCCUGAGUGGUAUGAGGAAAAGGGCAAGCUUGCCGCAAUCGAGCUGACAAUUCAGAUUCGUCACAUCAACUUCCUGACGCACAGUUUGCGUCAGAUAAACCUUGGAGGAUAUCCUCUGGAAGAGAGAGAGAGAGAGGCUGUAUCGAGGAGUUAUAUUCACGUUUUCCCGUGAUAUAGCACAGCUGCUUGACCUCAAGUACAUCGGAGUCAAGCACGGCCCGGUCAUCGCCAUCGCCAGUGAGAGACAGUGACGACAUAUCGUUCGACCAUUCUUCAAGAAGCCGCACGACUUUGAGGUAGCCGCAUCUUACAGACAGAACCGAGAGAAUAUUAACAAGAACAGAGACAGGGACAGGGACAAGGAGAACAAGGACAAAGGCAGAAAAGACAAAAAGGGCAAGGCCGCUAAGGAAGACAAGGACGAGUAAAGCUGGCCUAAGCACUUUAUUUACGGGUACGGGAGAAGCUACAAGAAUGGCCACACUACCGGGCCCCAAGGAUCGUGACAGAGGCCAUCCGAUACGGCGUGAGGCCAGAAUGGAACAAACUGGGCAGGCCAGCGCGGAGCGACAAGGGCCGAUGGAUAUCGACAGACGAUGGAACACCGAAGAUGGAGAGGACCGAGCUGACCAGGUGGUUCGAAUCGGGGGUGAUCCGACAGUUCGAGGAAUGGGAGAUGCACUUGACGCAUUCGGCUUUCAUGAUCCCCAAAUCGGACGGAAUUCGGGCCCGCCUGAUCCUCAAUCCGGUAAUAAUCAACGACCACGCCAAGAAGGAGAAGUUACGAAUAGAAGGAUUGGACAAGUUGACCCAAAUAGCUCGACGAGGGGACGUGAUACUCUCGGCGGACACACAGGUCGGGUUUUACGCACUAGCAGUGGCCGAGCCCAAACUGUAGCAGUUUCGGGACAGGACAGGACAGCUAUAGUGCUUUAUGGCCCUUCCGAUGGGGGCAACGUUCAGUCCACUUUGGUUCAACCGCCUCAUGGACGUGUUCGAAGAGUGGUUCGGUCGCAGGGGAUCCGAAUCAUUCUGUACGUGGACGAUCUGUUACUACUAGGUCGUCCACACGUGAUCAGGCGUCACAAGACGUUCAUCGACGCCCUGAUCAACAAACUGGGAUUGGUGUUCGCCCCCGGCAAAGGCAACUGGGAUGACGAUCCGACCAGCAGAUUGGAUUAUCUAGGCGUGAUUAUCGAUCUGGAAGCCAAUCAACUUUUGGUUACUCGGAAAUUUCAAGCGAAACUUCUGGAUCUGAGCCGGAAGAUUACAGCUACGUGCCGAAGAAACGUCAGACGAGUGCCUAUUCGUCAGUGACAGUCAUACCUGGGCCACCUCCAAUGGGCCGCCUUCGUACGCCUGGUGAACCAUUGCAACUCGACGAAGAAGGAGAUACGAAUAUCAGGAGCGGUCAUGAAGAAGAUCGGCAAGAUGAACGUGAUGAUCAAACAAUUCGAGGCGAGGACUAUUUGGUUGCCGGC